AUGGUGGUGGGCAGCCCUGAGUUUCAAAAGAACAUCUCUCAGGCGCUGAUCGUGCUGUUUACGAUCAGAACCAUACACCAGAAUGUCAUCGACAUAUACACUUACUCCUUCCAAGUCCUUGUGCCUGAUUCCAAUCUCAUAGUUAUAGGUGUGUAUCGCUCACCCGAUGGAAAUCUGGAGUGGUUCCUUGACAGCCUUGAAAAACUAGUCCUAUCCCUUGAAAAUAGAAGAACGAAAAAUAAUCUGGUCCUGGGUGGUGAUGUUAAUAUAGACAUUUUAAAAGCCUAUGAUCUCUACAGGGACAAUAAAACACCCGAUUCAGAGCUACGCUACAAAACUAUUAAGAAGCAGUACAAACAAAAACUUCUAUCAGCUAGACUGGAAAGAAAUGCUCGCUUCAUAGAAUCUGCCAGUAAUCGCUGUGCAGCAGCCUGGAAAGUUAUCCAUGAAGAAGGUGCUCCGUCCAAAUCCCAGUUGAUAUCUUCAGUGACUGCGGAAGCUUUCAACGCCCAUUUUAUUGACUCCGUCCAGCAGACCAGAGAUGCUAUCAACGGUUCAGCCACUUCUGCCCUAGAUAUGCUGGAGAAACGUGACCCUGCAGCCUCACGGUUCAACAUUACCCUUUUAUCCUGGGAAAGUGUGAUACGGAUGGUCCAGAAGCUCAACAACUCUCCAAGCAAAGAUAUAUUUGAGUUCGGAACCUGCCAAUCACUAAAUUCCAAAAGAGGGUGAGGGAGUUCCUAUUGGCUAACCCACUUUACUCAAUCCAUGAGUUUUUUGAACUUCCUGACAACUUG